AAGAGAAACUCUCUCUUCUCGUCAGAUAAAUAGAAAGCUGCUGAUGAUGCAGUGGUCUGUUUCUCUCUCUCUGACUGGCGGUCGUGAUGUGCAGGAUAAACCAAGCAGCACUUCUCUUCAUUCAGCUUUUAGUGAUGUGUCAUGUCUUUGCAGAAAACCACAGGUCUACCUUUGUGUUCAGAGGAGGCUCAGUGACCCUGACUUGCAACAUAUCCAACAAAAAUGCAACACAAAUCUCCUGGACCAACGGCAGAUCUGUUUUCCAAUAUUCCGUUGUGCUGAACUGCACAUUUUCAAAUUUCUCAUUUUACAAACUGAAUAUAAAUCAUGAGUUACCUACAGAGCUAACUAUUUUUAGUGCUCAGCCUGAGGAUAAAGGACUUUAUACAUGUGCCAUAACUGGCAAAAAUGGCCUACACAGCAUUACGUGGAAUUUAACUGUGUCUGAGAAACCCACAGAAUCCAUUUCAAAGUAUUUUCUAUCCAUGCUAUCACCUGCAAUUGGAUUCAUUCUAUGUGGCAUCAUGUUGGCUGUUUUCCUCUGCAGAAAAAUUAUGACGAAGAAACGGAAUCAAGGUCCAGACUGCAGUGAGAUUCCUCCUGAGUCAGAGGAGUUGGAGCUCCAUCAACCACAGGGUCACACUGCUCAUUGGAAAAAUAACAAGCGGAGGAGUCAGUAUAUGGAGAACCUGAAUUUAAUCUAUGAUCACUUCUAAGCUGAUGAGCCAUGCAGUUACACAGAGACAUGGACAUUUUCAUUUUCAAAGCAGGAACUGCAUGAGAACACAUCAGAGGAAAUGAAACAGAGCUACUAUAGCCUCUUUAGCUCAAGCAUGCAGGUGUCUGUGAAUGUACGGAGUUUUUCUCUUACACCUCUGAUUUAUCUGUAGCAGCAGCUUUACUUGCAUCCUGAAUCAUGUGUGUAAAACAUCCAUAACUUUGUAGUAUUAUAGUUUACUGUUCAUAUGUGAAAUCAUCCACUCAGUUUCCUGUGCACUGAUCAAUGUGACUGUGAAUCAGAUGUUGCCAUUGCCACCACUUUCAUGUGAACAUGCUCAUAGUUAAGGUAAACCUGGGUUUACUUACCAAGCUGAUAUUUGAUGUUGACCAGCUGAUUUUUUUCCAUGUAAAAAUAAAUCACGA